CCCAGCAGUGCCACCCACAAGUUCCGCCCACCUGUGCCCAGCAGUGCGCCCACUAGCUCCGCCCACCUGUGCCCAGCAGUGCACCCACCUGUGCCCAGCAGUGCACCCACCUCAGUGCCACCCACAUGUGCCCACCAGUGCCACCCACCUGUGCCCACCCACCAGUUGCCCACCAGUGUCACCCACCAGUGCAGCCCAGCAGUGCUGCCAGUCAGUGCCACCAGUCAGUGCCCAGCGGUUGUGCCAGUCAGUGCCGACGGUCAGUGCCCAGCAGUGAUGCCAGUCAGUGCCGUCUAUCAGUACCCAUCAUCAGCGUCACCUAUCAGUGCCGCCUAUCAG